GGGUCUAUCUCACUUUUUCUUUUUCAGAAAAAAAGAAAACAGAAGAAGAGACAGCUAUCUGGAAAUAUCUGUUUCUGAUUCGCCUAGCAGUGGUACUUGUAGUAGGGGUACUUUGGUUUUUAUUGUCUGCAGCCGUCCCUAACCCAGUGGCUCUCGAAGACCUACCUGAAGAAGUAACCAACAACGACUACAUAACCUUGAAAUGGACUGAGCCAAAAAGUAAUGGGGCACCCAUCACUCAUUACACGCCCUACUAUAGAAUCGUGACGUCCAGAGGUCCGGGAGAGUGGACGGAGCUUAAGAUGAAAGAUGCACUUCAGCUCUUGCUCCGUGUGAAAGUGAAUCGAGGCAAAACAUAUGAGUUUGUUGUAACGGCAUCAAAUAGUCGCCGCGAGAGUGAUAAAGAAAACAUCAAAAGAGUCAACGUGUUGGGUGUGCCCAAAGUGGUUAAACUGGAUGAGUUACCCAACGAGAUAGACAGUGGAAAUAUAACUCUAAUGUGGAAGGAGCCAGAAAACAAUGGAGCAGACAUAGAAAAGUACACUGUGUACAAAAGACUCGUUAAAUCUCAAGCUCAGGAGUCAAAGUGGGAGGAAGUUGCCACUACUCGAGUUCGAGAAUACAUCAUCGAACUAGAAAGGGGCAAGACAUACGAAUUUUGCAUUACUGCAACAAACAAAUGUGGCGAAGGGGGAAAAGAAAAUACGUUCCAAAGAGUUACCGUUUUGGAAACCGUUCCAAUGCCAGUGCAACUGCUUGAAGUACCUGACAAGAUCGACAAAUGUGACUUUCUUUUGAAGUGGAAAGAGACACGUGAUAAUGGUGCGUCUAUAACAAAAUACACGGUUUACCAAAGGACAGUGAAUGGAAAUGGUCAAAUGCAGCUCUGGAAAGGCGUCCAUUCUUUCCUUGCUUACGAAUAUCAUGUGCUCAACUUGGAGAGGGGUGAACUCUACGAAUUCAAGGUAACUGCCACAAACAAGAUUGGGGAAGGGAUGGAAGAUGAACAGAACUUCAAACAAGUCAAGGUAGAGGAGGCCGCUCCAAUGCCAGUACAACUGCUUGAAGUACCUGACAAGAUCGACAAAUGUGACUUUCUUUUGAGGUGGAAAGAGACACGUGACAAUGGUGCAUCUAUAACAAGAUACACGGUUUACCAAAGGACAGUGAAUGAAAGUGGUCCAGUUCAACCCUGGAGAGACGUCCAUUCUUCCCUUGCUAACGAUUAUCAUGUGCUCAACUUGGAGAGGGGUGGACUAUAUGAAUUCAAGGUAACAGCCACAAACAAGGUUGGGGAAGGGAUGGAAGAUGAGCAGUACUUCAAAAAAGUCAGGGUAGAGGCGGCCGCUCCAAUGCCGGUGCAACUGCUUGAAGUACCUGACAAAAUCGACAAAUGUGACUUUCUUUUGAAGUGGAAGGAGACACGUAAUAAUGGUGCAUCUAUAACAAAAUACACGGUUUACCAAAGGACAGUGAAUGGAAAUAGCCAAGUCCAGCUCUGGAAAGGCAUCCAUUCUUCCCUUGCUUACGAAUAUCAUGUGCUCAACUUGGAGAGGGGUGAACUCUACGAAUUCAAGGUAACUGCCACAAACAAGAUUGGGGAAGGGAUGGAAGACGAACAGAACUUCAAACAGGUCAAGGUAGAGGCGGCUGUCCCUGACCCAGUGGAGCUUGAUGAACUACCUGAAGAGGUAACCGACGAAGACUUCAUAACUUUGAAAUGGACUGAGCCAAAAAACAAUGGAGCACCCAUCACUCAUUACACGCUGUAUUAUAAAAACCUUACUAGAGAUGACAAACCCUUGCAAGGGACGAUGAAGAUUGGUACAAGUCAACUCUUGGAACAGCGUGUGGAUGUGGCUGGAGCCAAAGUAUUCGAGUUUGUUGUAACGGCAUCAAAUGGUCGCGGCGAAAGUCGCAAAAACAACACCAAAAGAGUCAACGUGUUAGAAAAAACGGAACUUGUUGACUAUCUGCCUCUGAUUCUCGUAACAUUGGUACUUUUGGGGGCUAUUCUCUCCAGGUAAUAAAAAAUCCUACAUUGCUAUCCAAUCUGUUCAUGCUGGUAAUUAGUUAAUACCGGGUCAUGUGGUGUGGUAGUUUUUAAUAUAAUUUGUCCGGUUGGAGUAUAAUUCGGAAUCCCACGAGCACACUUCGCGAGGUCCUCAUCUGUACUGUCCCGCAAAUGAUACUCAAAUUGCAUCGAAAAUGAUCCCAGGACCGGAAAUAGUCGCCUCGCCAUAAAGGAUCGAAAUGUGUGGACUCGGAAAUUUGGA